GACGCGUCCAUCGCGCACGACAUCGCCCCCGUCACCCUCUCUGCGCUGCUGCUGCUGCUUCCGAUGGCGGCGCCUCCGCUUCCCCGCGCCCCCGUCUCCUCCUCCGCCGCCGCCGCGUCGCCGGGGGGCCGCGCUCUCCUCCUCCUCCGCGUCGGCGGAGGAGGUUCCGGAAGAUGCGCUGGCGUGGCGGCGGCGGCGGCACCGGGUUGGCGGCGGCCGUUCCCGGCUGCCUCCGUCGCGGCGCGCUCGGCUGGUACCACGCCGGGAGAGGUCGCCGUCGAUCCUAAGGUCGAAGCAAUACUAGACAGUGUGAAGUGGGACAGUAAAGGCUUGGCUGUUGCUAUUGCCCAAAAUGUGGAUACUGGAGCCAUUCUCAUGCAGGGUUUUGCCAACAAAGAAGCCCUUGCAACAACUAUAUCAACCAGGAAAGCUACAUUCUAUAGCCGUUCACGGUCUUCAUUGUGGACAAAAGGGGAGACAUCAAUGAAUUUCAUCAAUGUGCAUGACAUUUUCUUGGACUGUGACCGUGAUUCUAUAAUAUACCUUGGGAAGCCAGAUGGGCCUACUUGCCAUACAGGGGCAGAGACUUGUUACUAUACUUCAGUCUAUGAUGCUCUACAAGGUUCGAAGCCCAAUCAAGAUAGGCAGGUUGUCUCAACUCUGUACUCACUUGAAGAUACAAUUAGUAGACGGAAGGAAGAGAUAGUUACUGAAGGAAGUGGCAAGCCAUCAUGGACAAAAAAACUAAUACUUGAUAACCGGCUGCUUUGCUCAAAAAUAAGCGAAGAAGCUGGAGAGCUAAACCAAACACUGCUUGAGAACGAGGACGAGAGCCGCACAAUCAGUGAGAUGGGUGAUUUGCUAUACCACGCGAUGGUGCUGCUUAGGGUCAAGGGCGUGAGGAUGGAACAGGUCUUGGAGGUCCUCAGGAAGCGAUUCUCGCAGUCUGGUAUUGAGGAGAAGGCCAGUCGCAACAAAUCUUAGGAUAUUACUCACAGAGUGGAUGGGUUUACCAGUUUGCUUAUGUCGUAUCGGCAUUGGUGCCAAGUGUGUACCAUUGAGUAGUUUGGUCUUCUUAAUUAGACCGAAGGUUGUGAAUUGUGAUUAUGCUUUAAUUGUUCUCCAAUAAGACACUGAGCAAAUACAUGUCUGGAAUUUGCAGUGCUGUUCUUGCUGUCGCCAAUAAAAUAAUAAAAUCAGCUCAUAAGUAAAGCAUCUUCCUGAUUU